UAUAGAUACCACGCAUAUAACAUUUUAUAUUUUUUAUAUAUAUAUUUAUGUAAACAAAUAACAACAAUCUACAUGUAUAAUUUAAGCAUUUUUUCAUUAAUAAGUCAACAAUAAUUAUUACUUUAAAAUUGAAGUUUCGUUUUAUUUCGUAAUUAAAAUUUUUUUUAAUAAUUAAUUUAUUAAAUCAAAAUUAUUUAAAAAACUGUAAAAAAAAAUAGAAAGUAUCUAGACUAAAUGAAUCAUGUUACCAGAAUCUACUUCUAUUUAUCAUGAGAAACAAUCAAAGGAAUUAUGUGCAUUACAUGCUCUCAACAAUUUGUUUCAAUCAAAAGAGGCAUUCAAGCAAAUGGAACUAGAUGCUAUAUGUUUUUCACUGUCGCCUAACAACUAUAUAAAUCCACAUCGUUCGAUUUUAGGUAUCGGUAACUAUGAUGUCAACGUUUUGAUUGCUGCAUUACAAAACAAAGGCUAUAGUGCCUUUUGGUUUGAUAAAAGAAAGGACCCAAAAAUGUUGAAAUUGGAUAAAAUAUUUGGUUUUGUUAUGAACAUACCCAGUGAGUGUCGUUUAGGAUUUUUAUGGUUGCCAUUAAAACGAAGACAUUGGAUAUCCAUCAAAAAUAUUAAUGGAAUUUAUUACAAUCUAGAUUCAAAAUUACCUAAACCAUCACAAAUUGGAAAUGAAGAAGAACUUUAUAAUUAUUUCAGAAAUCAACUUCAUAUAAAUGACAAUCAGUUAUUUGUUGUUGUUACUGGUGAUAAUUAUAAUUGGAUUGCAUCAGAAGACAAUUCAACUUCAGCUGAUCAACAACAAAUACAGACACUUGAUAAAAGAUAGUCUUGUAUAACUAAUAAAUAUAAUUUUUUUUUUUUAUAAAAUGUAUGCAACGUAUUACUAAAAUCUAUGAGCCAAACCAAACCAUUCUUUGAUUUUGCAUUAGAUUGGUAAAUUUUGUAAAAAUAGCAUACUAAAAUGUGAUUUAUAAUUGUUAUAUUUUGUUACCAGUAUUUAUCUGAAAUAAUAUUAAUUGUUAUUUUAAUUUAUAAUUGCACCUCACAUUCAAAUAAAAAUAUUAUUUUAAUAACAA